GUUUCUUUUCUCUUGGCUCAUGAAUGGUGUCCAGAGCAUUUACCCUGCUGAGUAUAUAUAAAAUACUGAGUGAAUUAAAAUAUUCUUGGUUUUUUCACUUCUAAUUCUGAAAUAAUUUCAGAUUACAGGAAAGUUGUAAGAAUAGAGUGAAGAAUUUAGGAAUUCUCAUAUUCAUCCAGAUUGACUGAUAGUUAACCUGUUGCCACAUUUGUUCUUUCCAGCACACAUUUUUUUCUGACCAAUCAUAUACAUUUUUUCUGAACCAUUUGUGGACAUAAUUCCCCUUUACCUCCUAAGCAUUUUGGGUUUUUUUUCUUAAGGACAGUCACUCAUAAUUAUCAAACGCUGAAAAGUGAUUUUUAAUCCAGAGAUACUCAAAUGUUUCUGAUUCCAGUAAUGUGUUUAUAAGCUUUAUUAUUAUUUUUCAAACUUUCCAAAGCUAGUUCAUUGCAUUUAGCUUUUAGGUCUCAUCUCUUUUAAUCUGUAGCGAUUCCUUGGCUGGCUGUUUUUCGUGGUAUUGACCUUUUUCACAUAAUACAGGCCAUUUUGUGAAUGUCCUUCCCCAAUUUGUGUUUGUUUCCUCAUGAUGAGAUUCAGACUAUGCAUUUUCAUCGGGAAUAUAGCAUAAGCGAUGGUAGUGUCCUCAAAGCUUCAUAUGAGGAGGCAAAUGAUAUGUUGUCCCAUUAUUGUUGACAUUAACUUUGAAAACUUGGUCAAGGUUGUGUCUACCAGGUUUUUCCACUGCCAAGUUACUAUUUUUCCCUUUGGCAAUUAAGUAAUUUGUGGGGAGAUAGAGAUUAUUUGUGGGGAGAUAUAAAUAACCUAUUUCCCACCAAACUUGAAUCCCUAGUUUUAGCAUCCAUGCAUAAUUCUUGUUUCAGUUACUGCUAUGAUGGCUGAUUUUCUAAGUUCUUUUGAAGGGAGCAUACUGAACUCAAGAGCUUCCCCUUUUCCCAUUUAUUUGUACAAACUCAUGGAUUCUCUUCUGUAGGGUAUAAUCCAUUACAGUCGUUGUUUUGCUCAAUUGUUUGCAGAUGUAGCUGGUGGAACCCCUCUCAGGGCAGUUCUUUGUCCUUUUGUGACAUGUUCCUGUCAAUUUUUGAGCACUUCUUACUUUCCAACACAAGGUGUUCCGGGCUCAGUUUAUCCUUUCUCUGCCCCAGUCUGGGCAUUGGUCUGAGUGUGUGCAUUCCUACAGGGGUGUCCUGACUUCUGGGCCCUUCAGUGUAGAGAGCUAGAAAAUUCGUACGCAGUCAUGCACCACACAGCGCUGUUUCGAUCAACAAUGGCCUGCAUGUGUGACGGUGCAUCCAUAAGAUCAUAACGGAGCUGAAAAAUCCCUAUCGCCUAGCGACAUUGUAGUGUGUAGCGCGAUACUUAAUUAUGAGUUUGUGGUGGUGCUGGUGUCAACAAACCUUCUGUGCUGCCAGUCUUACAAAAGUGCAUGGUAAUGUCCUAGGCUAUCCCAUUCAUUCACCGACUCACCCAGAGCAGUUGCUGUCUCCUGUAGGCUCCAUUUAUGGGAAGUGUCCUUUACAGCAGCCAGAGACUGCUGCUGCUUUGAAACGUACGAUAGAAGCCCUGAUGGACAGAGGAGCGGUCGUGAGGGCCUUGGAAAACCUGGGCGAACGAGCACUGCCCUAUAAGAUCUCCAUGCACAGCCAGCGGCACAGCCGAGGCGGGUAUUUCUUGGUGGAUUUUUAUGCACCAACAACAGCUGUUGAAAGCAUGAUGGAGCACUUGUCUCGAGACAUUGAUGUGAUCAGACCGAAUAUCGUAAAACACCCUCUGACCCAGGAAGUAAAAGAGUGUGAAGGGAUCAUCCCGGUCCCACUUGAAGAAAAAUUAUAUUCCACAAAGAAUAAGAAGAAGUGAGAAGAUUCAGCAGCUUUUAGCCCUGUGUUUAAUUCUCUCCCGUUUGAGCAGCCGGGGUGAUGUGAAUAGUUUACAGGCGUGGCCUUUAUGUGAGCGUGUGUUGCAGGUGCGGCUGAUUUUCCUAGGAUAUUUUUAGUUCUUGGUCCCCUCUGCUUGCAGAGGUGGGGGGACUGCCUGCUGAGAACCGCUCUGUAAUCUGGUACCAGCAAAUCACUCUGGAUUUUGUUUUCAUCGAUGUAAUUUCUCUGUCAGGACUUUCCCCCUCCCUCACCACAGUAACGUCAUUUUGAAGAGCAAAACUUAUAAAACUGCCUGGGAUUGUGAGCUAGUCAUUCAGACUGUGUAAUUAUGCAAAAAUAAAACUUGAAGACCGCUGGAUUUUGUGGGCAGCUUUUGCUCAGAGUAAUAAACCUGAUUGGAGAAACCCUG